AUGGAUCCUGAUAUCAGCAUGGAUAGUGAUGGCACCUCAUGCUACUCUUCACCCGACAAUACAACAUCAUCAAGCAACUCACCUUCUGCUACCACUGAAAUCAAUACCAACACCACCAACACAUCACCACAGCAACCUGAAUCCCCAUCGAACACCAAAAAUACAACAACAGACCCUCCUGUCAAGGUGCGCAAGAAGCCUGGACGCAAACCCAACCCCGCAUCGCCGGCACUUCGGAAAGCACAAAAUCGAGCAGCACAGCGAGCGUUUCGAGAACGUAAAGAGAAACAUUUACGUGAGCUUGAAACAACCAUCAAACAAGUACGGCAGGAACGUGACCAGCUGUUGGGGGAGAAUGAUCAACUCAAGAACGACAAUGAUAUCUUGAAAUGUGAAAAUUGGUAUCUUAAAGGGAUUGUGUUAUCGUUGCAGCUUGUGUGUUUGCAACAUAAUAUCACCAUUCCGCAGCAUGGACCACACAUUAACGACCAAACCUUAUCCGUGCUGGCACAAUCUAUUCCAGAACCCAUUUCAUCGUACAUUGAUGUCAACUCCAAGAGCCAAAUUCCUUCGUUUAAUAAGACAGCAUCCAAACAACAACGAGAUCGCUAUGUAUCUUCAUCCACCAUUGUAUUAACAGAAGAAGGAGCCAAAUCCAUGCCAUCGAAUCAUCAUCGUCGACGUUCUUCCACACCAGCCAAUUUGCCAGACUUGACACCAGUGGAUGAACCUAUUCAUAACAACCAUUAUGCACAACAACAACAACAACCACAACAACAGCCAUCUUCUCGACCACAACCACAACCAACCUCGACUCAUGUACCACGACCGGUGAUGCUCAGCGACGAAGCACUCACAUCCAAUCUUGCCGCUAUCCAAGCUUUACGUCUUCGUUUGCGUCUCCAAGCAGCAUGUGUACGAAUGAGCUCAUUGCCAUUUGCUAUUCAACCGACAUUGCUACAGCUGACCAUUCCACACGAUCCACGAAUUGACUUGAUUCCCACACCGUCUAUGCGUGAUAGAAUGAUAUUGUUCAGGGACCAAUUUAGCCUUGACGACUGUUUCAGGUGUUUGUUGAGUGGCUCCGUAUUCCAUGGUGGUGAUCCAGCAAUUGCAGGCAACUGGCAACUCCCCCCUGAAUUCUUUGAAAAGUACUGGUUCCUGACAAUUGACUUUUCAUUGCACCGAAUGACCAACCAGUGGAGACGUAUGCAAGGUUUACAAGAAGUACCCACUCAGCCAGAAAAGUUUACCACAUUUGCUACGGCAUCAGAGCUAUCAUCCUUCCUUGGCAUCGAUAUCCCUGAAUUCAACAAGCAACCAUCCUCCUCCUCUUCUCCUUCAGAUAUGGAUAUGGAUCCUUCAGCCGUGUUGGAAGCAGUACCACCAUCAUCGCAACCCCCCACAUCUACAACAUCUUAUCCAGCUUCUUUGGCAUCCACGGCAUCUUCAAAGACCACUGUCAAUAAUGAACAAGUAGAGAUGUUUUCAAAUACACCUAUUCAGUUGACGAAUGGCUAUUGGCGACCUAAAGCAGCAACACCAGCAGCAGCAACACCAGCAUCAUCAUCACCACCAUACCAACUUCAACAUCCACCUUUUUUUACACGUCGAUGGGAUACUUUUGUCAAUGACCAUAUAUCUGAAAUCCCGCCACAUUAA